GAAACUGGGAACAACAUCGAAUGAAAUCUAGCUGUCGGGCAGCGAAAUUAUCUUAACAAAUCUAUAAAUAAUAACGGGUGUCUUUGUGCUGAAUUAAGUUGCACUGGAUGCCAUGUUUUCUAUUAAAAUAUUAUAGCGUUUUUCCUCUGUAGAAGCAACGGUUUAGGGAACAGCCUUCGUCCAUUUUUUUGUUUUUCGACGAAGGAUUUUGUUGAUGGUUUUAGUGUUUGAGAUAUUUGGUCGUUUGAGGUGAUGUGGAGUAACUGAAAAAUACGCCAGUGUCAUCUUUUGUUAUAAAGCGGAUUUGUUGAUGUUUCUACACUGUCACCGUCGCCUAUUUCUGCUGUCAAAUUGGCUUAGCCAACAACAACAACAACAACAACAACAACAGCUAACCGUACAGUAGGCUAACUAGCAGUAGCAAGAUAAUUACAAUGUUAUUGCUGAUUGACAGCUAACGAUUACUUGCAUGUGGGGCUUGUAUGAUAGCUGCAUGUCUGGACAUGUAUGUAGGAAGUCGUUGUUGUGAUUGUUUUGCUGAUCGACAGGCACUUUGACGACAUAUGGCUUUGUCAAAGUGACCUCUCACAGUUCACAUUAAAUGUCCAUCUGCUAAGUGUUAGAAGAGGGAGUAUAGAAGAGACACCUCUACCAGAAAAAAACAACCACAUAAUACGCUAGAGAAGAAUACAUUUAAAUCUUUAACACUAUAGAAUAUAGUCAUAAACAUAUUUCCAAGCAGUUUGGUUUCGCAGUGCACUUGUAGACUCAUCGGGUACAGGUUAUCGACAGAAAGGUGCACUUGUUAGCAGUAGCAUACUGAAGCGAUCAUUAUGAGUGGUCAAGGUCCGUCGGUAGAUAAAGGGAUGAACACCAUCCUGGUGUGUCAGGAGAGCUACGCCUGCGGUGGCUCAGACGAGGCCGCCUUUGAAUGCGACGAGUGCGGCAGCCUGCAGUGCGUCCGCUGCGAGCUGGAGCUCCAUCGUCAGGAACGCAUGAGGAACCAUGACCGUGUCCGCAUCGCACCGGGACACGUUCCAUUUUGUGACUCUUGUAAGGGCGACAGCAGCGGGUGUGGGGGGAACGGGGGCAGGCUGAGGGCGGUGGUGCGCUGCCAGGGCUGUAAAAUCAACCUGUGUCUGGAUUGCCAGAAGCGGACCCAUAGCGGGGUAAACAAGAGGAAGCACCCCGUGACCCCCUACCCUCCUCCCGGUCAAGUCCAGCAUAGUAGCCUGGAGGCUGGGGAUGGAGGGGAGAUGGAGGCCCUCAAGGCAAAACUGGAGAAGGUGUGCAGCUUCUUACUGGUGGAUGCGAAGGAGGAGAUGCAGUUGAAGGAUGAGGAAGACUUUGUGAGCCGGCUGGACUGUAGACCUGAGGAACUCCUCAAGGUCGUGUCUAUCUUCGGCAACACAGGGGAGGGGAAGUCCCACACACUGAACCAUACCUUCUUCCUGGGGCGGGAGGUGUUCCAGACGUCCCCCACUCAGGAGUCAUGUACCGUGGGGGUCUGGGCUGCCAUGGACCCCAUUCACAGGGUGGUGGUGAUCGACACAGAGGGACUUCUGGGGGCAGGAUCCAAUCAGGGCCAGCGCACCCGGCUGCUCCUCAAAGUCCUAGCCGUCUCCGACCUCAUCAUCUACCGUACCCACGCCGACCGUCUCCACGACGACCUGUUCAAGUUCCUAGGCGACGCGUCGGACGCCUAUCUGAAGCACUUCACCAGGGAGCUGAAGGCCACUACGGCCCGGUGUGGCCUGGACGUCCCUCUGUCCACUCUGGGACCAGCUGUUAUUAUCUUCCACGAGACCGUCCACACCAAGCUACUGGGCUCAGACAACCCAUCAGAGUCUGCAGAGCGUCUGCUUCAGGAGCGUUUCAGAAAGCUGGGUCUUUUCCCCGAGGCCUUCAGCUCCAUCCAGUACCGCGGGACUCGAACCUACAACCCCCCGACAGACUUCAGCGGUCUCCUGCGUAGUCUGGAGCAACAGUUAGAUAACAACACUACCCGCUCACCACGUUCUGCAAACGUCAUAUACAGAGCCCUGCAGGCCCUGAGUGAGCGUUUCAGUGGGGAUAUCCCAGAAGAGCACCUGGCCAGUAACUCUUUCUUCCCUGAUGAAUACUUCACCUGCUCCAGUAUCUGUCUCAGCUGUGGGUCUGGCUGUGUGAACAGUAUGAACCAUCUGAAAGAGGAAGUGGAUCACGAGGCGAAACACCGCUGUCGCUACACUGCUCAAUACGACAACCGCAUCUACACCUGUAAAGCGUGCUAUGAGGGAGGGAAGGAGGUGAUUGUGAUUCCCAAGACGACAGCCUCCUCUGACUCUCCCUGGUUUGGUCUGGCCACGUACGCCUGGUCUGGGUAUGUGAUAGAGUGUCCCAACUGUGGAGUUAUCUACAGAAGUAGGCAGUACUGGUACGGGAACCAGGACCCGGUGGACACAGUGGUCAGGACUGAGAUACAGCACAUCUGGCCUGGGUCAGAUGGUUUUCUGAAGGACAACAACAAUGCAGCUCAGCGACUGUUGGACGGUGUGAACUACAUCUCCCAGAGUGUGUCAGAGCUCAGUGUGAAACCUGCCAAAGCUGUCACUUCCUGGCUGACCGACCAGAUUGCCCCGGCCUACUGGAAACCCAACUCCCUCAUCCUGAAAUGUUGUAAGUGCAGUGAGGUGUUCCAGGACAACGAUACUAAGCACCACUGCCGUGCCUGUGGAGAGGGCUUCUGUGACGGCUGCUCCACCAAGAACCGUCCUGUUCCUGAGAGGGGCUGGGGGCUCGCCCCCGUACGGGUCUGUGAUGCCUGCUUCCUGAACAGGAGCGUCUCAGAAGAGCUGCUGGAUGCCGCGUUGGAGGAGGAGGAAGGAGGGACACUCAGUAGGAGAGUAGGAGAGGCUGUUCAGAAUACACUGGGAGCUGUGGUCACUGCUACAUACAUCCCUCUGGGUCUGAUGAAGGAUGCAGCUCGUCCAGCCUAUUGGGUUCCAGACCAAGAUAUCCGAUGCUGCUGUGAGUGUCAGAGAGACUUCUCCGCCCCGCGUCUCUCCAUCCACCACUGCAGGGCCUGCGGCCAGGGCGUGUGUGACGACUGCUCCCCUGAACGCAGAGCGGUGCCCUCUAGGGGUUGGGACCACCCAGUGCGUGUCUGCAACACCUGCCACCAGAAACCUGGGGACCUCUAGUAGGAGAGAGGGAACAUAUUGGCACCCUAUUCAAAAGUAGGGCACUAUAUAUGGACUGGGACGCAACCAGAGAGACCGUUAAGGGUUGUGUUCAUUAGGCUCGAAAUGGAAGAAAAUACUCCAAAACAGGGAGGGACUAUCUGUAAUUGUCCAAUAAGAAAGCUGAUUUUUGUUUCCCCCUGCUUCUAAACUUUUUUUUUUUGCUACUACGGUGUGCCCUAAUGAACACGACCCAGGUUCCACCUAACGCUGUGGAACUCCCCCGUCUCUCUGUGGCUCGGGCCAGGGAGUUCUUGUUAUUCAUUGUGAUGUCAUCCGUCCUAAAGCCUUGGGCGUCACUUUAUCCGAGAGGGAGAGAGUUACGCGUUCCUUGGCUUUAAAGAAGUUCAUUCCACGUUUUAAGAUGAUUAGCCUGAAUAACUACCAAUCUGUAUAAUAAUCUCGGACGCUGGGUGGUUGUAUAUGUGCUUUUAAAACGGCGCGGACAGACAAUAAUAGAAUAGCAUUAAUUCCACAUACACUACCAGUCAAAAGUUUGGACACGCCUACUCAUUCAAGGGUUUUUCUUUAUUUUCUACAUUGUAGAAUAAUAGUGAAGACGUCAAAAACUAUGAAAUAACACAUAUGGAAUCAUGUAGUAACCAAAAAAAAGGUGUUCAACAAAUCAAGCAUUCCAGGUGAAGCUGGUUGAGAGAAUGCCAAGAGUGUGAAAAACUGUCAAGGCAAAGGGUGGCUACUUUGAAGAAUCUCAAAUACAUUUUGAUUUGUUUAACACUUUUUUGACUGUAAUAAUAUGAGACGUUUACUAUAGUGGGGGAAAAGUGAUUUGUUUUGUAUAACGGUAUACUAUACUAUCUCAAGCCCCAUUUCUACCUGGUGCUAACAUGGGUCCUGAUCUUGACUACAUUCUGAUUUUGCCCACAUUUCCAAAAAUGUGUCUUAUCCAUCCAAUUUUAAUUUACAUUUUUUAAUUUUACCAUUAUUUAACUAGGCAAGUCAGUUAAGAACACAUUCUUAUUUUCGAUGACGGCCUGGGAACAGUGGGUUUACUGUCUGUUCAGGGGCAGAACGACAGAUUUGUACCUUGUCAGCUCGGGGGUUUGAACUCGCAACCUUCCGGUUCCUAGUCCAACGCUCUAACCACUAGGCUACCCUGCCGCCCCUAAUGUGUCUGUUAGCCAUCCAAUGUGUCUAUCUUGUGACCAAAUUUCCUCGUCCCCUUCCUUUUUUCCCCUUUCCUAUUUCACAGCUAUUCUUUCAAAAAAUAUUUAUAUAUUGUAAAGACACAUAUUGAUGUAAUCAGUCAAUUGUGCCACCCGUCAAUGAUUUAAAUGGUGUCUCUGUCCAGAUCUGUCUACACUUGUAAGAUAUCCAGACAAUGAGCGCCUGACUACCUCCAGAGGUGAGCAGGAGGAUCGGAUCACAAUGAGUCUUUUACACCCGUCUAAAAAUGUGGUCACAAUCAGAAUGUGGACAAGAUCAGGACACAUGUUAGAACCAGGUAUAAACGGGGCUACUGAGUGACAGACUGCCUGAAGAAUAGAUUGCUGAGUUGGAACUAUAGAAUGAUUAGAAUGUGAACCAUUCUAAUUCUACAAUAGGAGUUGCCUUCAAAUAGUGAAUGGCUCACUGUGUGUAGAAUAGCUUGUAUGAAAGGAUAUCAACACUCUUUGGGGCUGGACCCUGAAACAUUCAGUUCAUAGUAUAUAAACCAUUACACCACCUGAGACUGUGGUAGCUAGCUGUGCUUAAUAAUAUUAGCUGAAAUUAUCUAGCCUGGUCUCAGAUCUGUUUGUGCUGUUUUGACGACUCUUACAAUAGUUGGCAAAACAUAUUUUAGGUCCCAGGCUAAAAAGUAUGGGAUCGGUGCAGAGUAACUGACUGGAAUCACUGGAACAGGCAUCAUCUCAUAUAGAACACUGCUUAAGAUAUACUGAAGAUCAGUACCAUUUGUCUGCUUUAAUGUACCAUGUGUGCUUACGUAAUAAACUUGACAACCUCA